AUGGUUGGUCCACGGAGUAGGGGCUGCAGGAAGUGCGUCGACCGAAAAGUGAAAUGUGACGAACUGCGGCCAGGCUGCGAUCGGUGUGCGAAGGCCAAUGUGAAAUGUCCUGGCUAUGGCUUGAUAUUUCGAUUCCACGAUACGGUCGUGCUGGGAUCUGAAGCUAGCGGCCAGAAAGCCGUUUUCGAGCAAGUUACCAGCAAUGAAGACAGCACACGAAGACCGCUGGUUACAACGUCUUCCCGCCAGGUUCGAAAGCCAGAGCUUAGGGGACAAAAGUCACAGAAGCUGGCUGUCGCCACGCAAUCAAGAAAUCCUCAACCUCUUCUGAAGAGUAUAUCAACUAAAUCUACGCGGAAUGCAGAGUUCGUAGCCACAUUCAUCAAUGGCCUACCACAACGUUUGUGGUAUACUAAGAACUGGUUUGCCUGGAUAUGUAGAUCCGAUGAUGAUCCGACGCUCAACACAGCGACACGCGCUCUCGUCAAAGCGAAUGGGGCCUUGGUGUAUAAAGACGAUUCGUUGGUUGCGCAAAGUCGCCACGAAUACGGCGAUGCGCUACGAUCUCUGCGAGAUUCGAUUGCCCAUCCGCGUCAAUCCAGGUUGGGGGCGCUACAGAAUUCCGUCCUGGUACUCUCCAUAUUUGAGCUGUACGACGUGUUUCUGGCUAGGCACUCCACAGAUCUGACUCUGAAGGGAGUGGUGGAUCCAAGGGACAAGGCUUUGUGGUUGAAGCCCUCGAUCUGGAUGCAUCAUGCACAGGGCAUCCAGCAGCUCAUGCGGACACAACCUCCUGAAUCAUACAAACACACAGAUGCCAACAGAUUUCUGUACAUCUCGAUGCGCGACACCUUUAUCCUGCUGGCCUACAACAAUCAAACGAGUUGUUUCUUGGAAGAGCCAGCUUGGCAGUCGAUCAUCUAUUCACAAACGGAGCCUUAUACCCUAGAGCACGCGUUCUGCGCUCUGUUCGCCGCACAAGUCCAAGGUCCAGGCCUCGUGCGUGACGCCAAAACCGUGAUGGAGAAUGGUGGUGACGUCUCCACUGUCAGAGACAAAGCCGUGAGACUACAUCGUGAAGCUUGCGAUGCUUUCCACUAUUUCAUGUCGGAGCUUGCUCAUAUCUCCCGGCUACCGAGCGAGGUGCCCUCCGGAGACGGUGGCGCUGUUCUGCAUUCUGUCUACUCUUUCCGAGGCGUUCGCUUCCCCGACGUUCUCACACCACGGGCCAUGUGCAAUCACCACAGUUUUAUCAUACAUAUCAACCGUGUCCUUGGUCAGCUGCAAAACCAUGAGGGGCGGUCCUUGGCUGCUGGUGUGACGUCUGCCCUCCAAGUGGAAAGUGCAGCGUCGGCAGUCGAGAUCUGCAAGUGUCUACCUAUGCUGGAGAGAAUGCCUGUGACUAUGCUCGGUGUCUUCUCACUUGCAUAUCCCAUCUUCUAUAUUGACUGCGCCUUGGAGGCCUGUCCUACGGAGUAUAAGAGUUGGGUUAUGGAUCGAAAGCGGAAGUGGGUGAUGGAAAAUGAGUGA